AUGCGGACCGAAGUUGACAAGCUCAAAACCAUCGGCUUUAUCAGGGAAGCCACGUACCCUGUCUGGCUUGCCAACUCAGUCAUGGUUCGGAAGACCAGGGGAGGAUGGCGGAUGUGUCAGGACUAUACCGACCUAAAUAAGGCCUGUCUGAAGGACAGCUUCCCAUUGCCGAGGAUAGACCAGCUCGUUGACACAACCGCUGGACACGAGCUGCUCAGCUUCAUGGACGCCUAUUCAGGGUACAACCAGAUCUUCAUGGACCCUGCCGAUAGCGAGCAUACGACAUUCAUCACCAACCGCGGGUUGUACUGUUACAAUUUCAUGCCUUUCGGCUUGAAGAACGCGGGGGCAACGUAUCAACGGCUCGUCAACCGGAUUUUUGCUAAGCACAUCGGCGGCAUUAUGGAAGUAUAUGUCGACGACAUGCUGGUAAAAAGCCGAAUGGCAGGGGGGCAUCUGGAAAACCUAGCCCCUCAUGUUCGGUAUACUAAAGGACUACCGAAUGAGGUUGAACCCAACGAAGUGCGCCUUGGGUGUAUCUUCGGCCAAAGAGGAAUCGAGGCCAAUCCCGAGAAAAUCAAAGCCAUAAUCGACAUCAAGACGCCGAAGAUGCAGAAGGACAUUCAAAGCCUUACCGGACGUGUCGCUGCCCUGACGCGCUUCAUCUCCAAGGCUACCGAUAAAUGUGUACCGUUCUUCAAAGCCUUGAAAGGGGGAAAACAUCAUAUCGCAUGGACUCCCGAAUGCAACCAGGCAUUUCAAGACUUAAGGAACUACAUGAGCAGGGCACCAUUAUUGUCAAAACCGCUUCCUGAGGAAGUUCUCCUCCUCUACCUUUCGGUAUCAAGCACUGUCGUUAGCUCGGUAUUGAUACGAAGGCCGGAGAAGGCAGAGCUACCAAUUUUUUAUGUCUGCAAGGCUCUUCAAAGCGUGGAACUUCGGUACCCACCCUUGGAGCAGCUGGCACUUGCCCUUGUACUUCAGAAGCCAGAAACGUCCGGCAGGUUGGUCAAAUGGGCGAUCGAGCUCGGAGAAUUUGACAUACAUUUCAAGCCAAGGCCUGUAAAGAAGGGUCAAGUCGUCGCCGACUUCAUCUCCGAGCUCACACCUGCACUGUCGGAAGCACCCUCUCCGAACGCUCUUAUUACAGAACCAGGAAACAUGGAUGCCAAUCGCUUUCAUCCUUCCGUACCUCUAUGGAUCCUGCAUGUUGACAGCUCGGCAAAUCAACAAGGCUGUGGAGCUGGCUUGGUGUUAACUACUCUAGACGGAUGCAAAGUCGAAUAUGCCCUCCGAUUCAACUUCAGAACAUUUAACAACGAGGCGGAGUAUGAGGCUCUCUUGGCCGGCCUUCGGCUAGCCAAGAGCAUGAGCGCAAAACAAAUCAGCAUUCACAGUGACUCCCAGCUCAGAGUGAAUCAAAUAAAGGCAGACUUCGCAGCAAAGGAUGCCUCCAUGUCCGCCUAA